AUGGAAGCCAAUAAAAUUAACUUCACCAUCGAUCUUAUUCAUCGCGAUUCACCACUUUCUCCUCUUUAUAACUCUUCUGCCACUCCAUACGAGCUCAUGAGAAGGGCUGCACUACGUUCCUAUAGCCGAGCCAACUUCUUUCACUCAUCUAUGCAUAUCGAUGAUAAGCAAUACGUGUCUUCGCUCACUGAAUAUAAGGGUGAAUAUUUCAUGGAGAUUUACAUUGGAUCCCCACCCGUUGCAUUCCUUAUGAUUGCAGACACCGGAAGUAGUCUCAUAUGGGUAAAAUGUUCUCAAGAUUACAAGGCACAACACUUCAAUCCACCAAGUUCAUCCACCUAUGACACUAUUCCUUACAACUCAGAAUUUUGUAAGGCUUUGCGCAAUAUAAAUAUUGGGGAUGCAAACGCUUGCGAAUAUGAUCGUCAAUCUUACAAGGAUGGUUCAUAUACAUCGGGAAUUCUAAGUAAGGAUACUUUCCACUUAAAUUUCACUAGUAGUGGAUCACAUCCUUUUCCUGAAGUAGUAUUUGGAUGUAGUAAAGAACAUCACAUAUAUCAAGAGAGUAGUCAAGUUCAAGGUAUUGUUGGCCUUGGGGCAGGAGUAUUGUCAUUAGUUUCUCAAUUGAAAUCCCAAAUAGAAUUCAAAUUCUCAUAUUGCUUACUUCCCAUCGGAUCAAGGAAAACUAAUAAGUUGAGAUUCGGAGCGGGAGAAACGAUUUCUGGGGUAAAGGUUGUGUCAACUCCACUUGUACUUAGAGAUCCUUCUAGUCGCUACUAUCUCAGUCUCCAAAGUAUUAGCAUUGGAGGAAAGACAACAAUCACAAGUCAACGUCAAGGUAAUAUCAUGAUAGAUUCUGGAACUGCUCUUACAAUGUUGCACUCGAGUCUAUACAAUAAUCUCGAAGAUAUUGUUAAAAAAACGAUUGGUGGUACCCCAAUAGAAGAUCCACCGAAAGAAUUUAAAUUGUGUUAUGAAGCCAAAUCUAUUAAAGUUGAUGACCUCCCAGAAAUGGUGUUCCAUUUUGAUGGUGCAGACGUUCAUUUACAGUCUGCUCACACAUUUAUGAAAUAUUAUACUCAUGUGAUUUGUAUGACAAUAGUUCCAAAUGAUAGGCUUUCGAUAUUCGGGAGUAUGGCACAAGUGAACUUUCAAGUGGAAUUCGACCUCCAAAAUAAAAAAGUUUUUUUCGCUGAAGUAGAUUGCACGGCAAUGUAA